AUGAAAAUUUUGCCUCUUCUAAUAAGCUCGGCCCUUGCUUAUGAUAUCAAUACAGAAGAAGAUGGUAAAACCUUUGGCUACGGAACUUUAUAUUCUAUGGUUCCGCUAUGAACGCUAAUGCUACUCUUAGUGCUACUUUUUCACUGAAAUCGCAGCCAAUUACUAGGUGGAUUUAUCCAAUUAGUUACGUUUUUCCAAUUCGCGCGAUACGUGCCUUUAAUGAAUUUUUCAACGUCAGUAUUCUAUGGUUCUUUUUGGAAACAAAUUGUUUACUUUUUUCAGGCUUAUAUUUAUUAUGAAGAUUCAGAUGUAAAGCCAUACCAACCUCAUUUUGAAUAUAUGGAAAUUAAAUCAGUUUUAAUUUUGUAUAAUGCACAAGAAUAUUUUGUUAUAUUAUUGCUAUGCCUAAUGAUUUUAACCUUUUUGCCAUUCAUACAAAAGUCGUUGCAGGAAUCUAAGGCGAGAUAUUCAAUUUUCUUUUGGUUUGUUGUUGCUUCAUGUAUGGAUUUAAACUUUUACAGUUUUUUGACUAUCCAAAAUGUAGAUUCUGCUACUCACUUAAUGAUAAUAAGUGCAAUUUUAUCAGGGAUUUGUUUAGUAAAUCUCUUUGUAAUAUUUUGCUUAAUGGUAUACUCUGCAUUCACAAAUGAUUUUAAAGGAUAUUUUAGCUUAUUUUUUAAAGAAUUUAAAAAAAAAUCAGUAUGAAUGCACUUAUACUACCCAUUAUCUAUGCUAAAACGAAUUAUCUUCGGCAUACUUUUAGUCUUUGCUUAUGAGUAUAAGUAUUAUCAGUGUUUUACGAUGAUAUCACUUGAAUUAUGCAUAAGUAUUUUUUAUUUAGUAUUAUAUUUACUUAUAUCUCUACCUUAUAUAUCUUUAAGAAAUACCAUAAUUACUAUCUGUUAUCAUUUAUUUGAAAUCAUAUUUCUAAUCAUCCCAAUUCUAUAUGAAAAAUCCUAUUGAAGCCAGGAAAAUGUAAACAUUUUAACACUUUCUAUAUGUUGGGCAGGCUUUUUAUUAAUAGUUUUGAGGUUUUCCUUAGAUAUUGUCAUAUUAGAAAGCGAAAGGUCCAAAGUCGACCUAAAUGAUAUAUCAAUUGAUGAGAGAUCUGCCAAUGUUAUCACAUUGGAACCACUUUCUCACAUAAAUGAAGCUGACAUUACUGAUAGUUUUGAAUAUCCCAGAAAUAAACAUUUAAAGCAUGAAAGCAUAAAUAAGCCUGCAUCAUAUCUUAAUCCAAAUGAAAUCAAAGAGUUCUCAAUGCAUACAAGGAAUAACUCUACUGAUAUGAGCAUGAUGUAUCCAUCGCAAAGGCCAUCUGUUGAGUACAGACACAAUCCUUUAUAUCAAAUGCAUUUAACCCCAGAACUUUCGAUGGAGAAUAAUGAUAUUCCACAGAUUAUAACUUUAGCGAUCCCAGAAGUCCUAGAUGAGCCAGUAAAUAAUUCAUCUAGCCCCAAGCAAAGCUUAAUGCAAAAUAGACUGAAGAAAAUCAAAACUUUUAAUCUGAACAACUUGACAGUAAAAAAUUAA